AUGCGGGCGAUAAAGCACAUGUAUGUAAGCAGUGAAGACACAUCAUGUCUCGGAGCUCAGAGUGACAUCCUCCCGCCUAGUGCCUCAGUUGAGAGACGCCAGACGAUCGAAAGCACCGGCUCAAAGUAA